UACAACCAUGUGGUCACCAAAUGCCAUCAGCUGGCAAGACAUCAUGAAAUAGCAACAACAACAACAACACUUUGACAACGGCUGUCAGUGGAAUUCAUUUCUGUCAUCGAAGUUGAAGAGCAUUUUCAAUUGGAAAAAUGACUGCCGUUUUCAGAGUGGGCCUGAUACGCCUUUGCUCACGCAACACUCCUGCCGCCCUGCCGGUUGCUGUGGCCCAACAGCAGCAACGUUUUAUUUCGGGCAAAACAAUGCGCGGCGGUCCCCUUGUUAUGCCACACAAACCAUAUCCCUACAAAGAGAAGGAAUAUGGUGUAUUCCAGGCCAUGUUCGACAAGACCACAAAACGUUUAAAUGAAAACUCAAAAAUCAUUUGCGUUGAGGGUCCCAUUGCUGCGGGCAAAAGUAAAUUCGCCAAAGAAUUGGCUGAUGAGCUGGAAAUGUUGUAUGUGCCCGAAGCCAAUAUGGACAUGUUCUAUAUCAAUUCCUAUGGCUAUGAUUUGCGUCAAUUGGAUCCUAAAUUACCCGAGUCAUGCCGUUCCUUUGAUGUGGUCAACUUCUGCAAGGAGCCCAAUCACCGUCUGACUCCCACUUUCCAGAUUUUAAUGUAUCAAUUGCGUUUCGAACAGUAUGUCGAUGCAUUGGCCCACCUCUUGUCCACCGGCCAGGGUGUUGUCUUGGAUCGCAGUUGUUAUUCCGAUUUUGUUUUCCUCGAGACAAUGUACAAACAUGGCUACGUCUCGAAGGCAGCACGUUCCGUAUACUAUGAGAUCAGAGGUAAUACAUUGACGGAAUUGUUGAAGCCACAUUUGGUGAUCUACUUGGAUUUGCCCGUUGAUGCUGUUAAGCAACGCAUCAAGGCCCGCAACAAUGACUACGAAGUUAAGUCUCCCGUCUUCACAGAUGCUUACUUGAAAGACAUGGAGAAUACCUAUAAACAACAAUAUCUCAAGGAUAUUGCCACCCAUGCUGAGUUGUUGAUCUACGAUUGGACAGCUGGUGGUGAAACUGAAGUCGUUGUUGAGGAUAUUGAACGUAUCGAUUUCGAGAAUUUCGACAACGAUCCAACGGAAAAGAAAAUGAAAGAUUGGCGUUUCCACAAUGAGGGUGAAUGGAGUGAGGCUCGCAUCCAGUACACCUGUGGCAAACCCGAUUUAAUGAACUACUUUAAUGUGCCACGUUUUGAUGUGCCCGAAUUGUUGCGUGAUCCCGACAGUGGCAAGAAGUGGCGUGAUAUUUGGUUUAAUGCCCCCGGCAUGAAAUAUCGUCCAGGCUACAAUGAAGAUAUGGGUGAUACUGGCUUAUUGUCCAAAGCCAAAUAUAAUAUGGCCGAUAACAAAAUCUAAUUUAAAUGUCUUUUUUUUAAUUGUUAGUCAAAAAAUUAAUUGAAAUGAGAAAGAAAAAAUGAGUAAUUUACAAGAUCUAAUCAAGGAACUGCCAUGAAGGGCAAAAUAAAUAAAAAACAAAUUAAAUAAUGCUUUCUAUUGAUUA